AUGGCAUAUCGAAUGGUAUGCGCUCCCCAAGUCAUUGAUCUUGAGUCUGGGCGAGGGCAUCCUCAUGUUCAUUCUGAAAGUUUAAUUCACAAUGGGAAUGAUUUGUCCGACCAAGGCGGUCAAUAUACUGUCAGAGUUGUAGGCAAUGCUAUGAAUGCUGGUCUUUCUGAUACACAGGGUUACUACAAUAUGAGCAUGAAUCAUCCACAUCAGCCUGUUCAUAGUUCUCUGCCAAAUUUAGGCGUUGAUUCAGGUUUUGUCUUCCCAUCAAAUAUGUACAACCCUUGCAUGUCAACAUCUAUGAACAGAUAUGUCUCUCAUGCUCAGAGCUUUGGAUUGCCUUUAAACCAAGUUGUCUCAGGAAGUAUGGAUGGAAGUACUAGAAAUGAAAAUGUCAGCGAAACUGCUAGAGGAUUCAUUAAAAGGAAAAAUGCAGCAGUUGCAGGAAGUUGUCAUUUUGUUAAUGGAUCUGCAAGCUCAAGCUCAUCCUCUCAUACAUCUCAAAAUCCCACACAUAGGCCAUGGGAUCCUUCUUUCGAGUCAAAUGUUUUUCCUAAUGUCACACCAUUCAACCCAUCAGAAUAUCAUAGCCACAGCACUUGGCCAUCUGUGGAAGGAUCUUCCAUUACUGGAUCAAAUGGGUUUAAUUUGAUGGCUGCUCACCCAGAAUCAGCACAGCAUGGUAACUAUACAUUUCAAUCAAGUCAUGCUAGUCAGUGCUUUCAACCUGCCAGCACUACUUGGGUUUCCCAGGCUGCAACUGGAAUUGUGGAAGGAGUACCACAGUGGUCAUACAUCAAUGCAAUGUCUAGUGUUCCAGCAGGCAGAUUUGCACAUUCAGGGGCCACAGAAAUAGUGAAUGGAGGCUUUCAUGAAUAUCAGAAUGGUCCUUCAACCAUUUCUCAAGGGCAUUUACCUUAUUUUCAUCAACAUGCUGUGCAUAGCAUGCAAGCUCAUAAUCCACUGGAUCAUACACAAGUGCAAGUCCCUUACCAACAAGGCCACAAUAAUGGCGUCUUACAUAGUGGGGUAAAUCAUUCUGGUAACCGGGUCCACUUGGGUCCAAGAACUCCAGGUCUCUUCUCUAAUUCUGAGCGGUCUUUUGGGCCUCCACAGCAUCCGUUCCUGGUGAACCCAGUUAAUCCUAGGAACAUAAGAAUUUUGCCACCUCUGCAGCAUGGUGCAAUCAUGGAUUUUUCGAGGUUGUAUGAGGGGUCAAAUGUAGUAGAUGAGCAUAGAGAUAUGCGUCUAGAUAUAGACAGCAUGACCUAUGAGGAGCUUUUAGCAUUAGAAGAGCACAUUGGAGACGUCAAUACAGGUCUGGCAAAAAGCCACAUCGUAGAUAAAUUGAAGACUAGCUUAUAUGUGCCAGGAGCAACCUGCGUGUCUAAUCAGUCAUCUGAACCUUCCACAGAGAAUGAGGCUUGCAUAAUAUGCCAGGAGGAGUACGAGGCUGAGGACUGCGUUGGAAUCCUGGAUUGUGGCCACAGAUACCACGCGGAGUGCUUAAAACAGUGGCUGACGGUAAAGAACCUAUGCCCCAUCUGCAAGACAACAGCUUUGUCUGCGGGUAGAAGAAGUGGAUAA